AUGCAGAACCGAGGAGACGAGUUCACUGGUAUUGUGAAUGCACCGACGGAGUCAGACUGGGCGACGAUCGACUGGAUCAGCUCUCACCACGAGGCGAACGAGCGGCGUGUGGCACGGCAGCACCGUUCUGGGGGUGGCUCCCUCUCUGCCCGCACGCGGAGUGCAUUGACGCACAACGAAAGUUUCCUUGCCGCCCUUCUCACGGGUCUGGUGCUCGGCAUCCUUGGCGUCUUCUGCGACGCGUGCGCCCACUGGGUGUCGGCGUUCCGGCUUGGCAUCUGCGCCAACUUCUUCUGGCUUGGCCGCAACCUCUGCUGCGCGGAGCAGGAGGAGUGCAGUGGCUACUACACGUGGGGUGAGUUCUUUCUAGGUCGCGGUGACCGCGUAGCAGCCUUUGCCGACUUCUGCUUUUAUGUUUUGCUAUCCACGACCGCGGCGAUGAUUGCGUCCUUUGUAUGUAAGGUGUACGCGCCCUACGCAGCCGGUGGUGGCAUCAACGAGGUCAAGACAAUUGUGUCGGGUCACCAAGUGCGCCGUUAUCUCGGUGGCUGGACGCUCGUCACGAAGGCCAUCGGCAUGAGCUUCUCUACCGGUUCCGGUCUCGUCGUCGGGAAGGAGGGGCCGUUUGUACAUAUUGGUGCCUGUAUCGGUGGCAUGAUCGCCAAUCUGUUCCCGAGCUACCGGCUGGAGGCGAAGAAGCGUGAGCUCAUCACGGCAGGUGCGGCAGGUGGCGUGGCGGUGGCCUUUGGUGCUCCUGUUGGUGGCGUCAUCUUUGCACUGGAAGAGAUAUCAAGCUUCUACAACUUCAAGGCCAUGAUGGCAGCCCUCAUCUGCGGCGUGACUGCAGUGCUGCUGCAGUCCCGCAUUGAUCUCUGGCAUACGGGGCACAUUGUGCAGUUCAGUGUGAAUUACAAGCACAACUGGCACUUCUUCCAGCUUCCGCUCUUUGCGCUGAUGGGGGUUGUGGGUGGUCUCCUCGGAUCCCUAUUCAACGCCGUCAACAUCCGCAUCAUCCGCUGGCGCAAGGUGCGUUUCAAGAUGUGGCGCGUGACAGAGGUGGCGGUCCUCGCCGCCGUGACCGCUGUCAUUAACUUCGUCACGCCGUUUAGCUCGGGGAGUUUGCUGGAACUGCUCGGCGAUGCAUUUCAGGACUGCACCCCAAACAGCAAAAUUGAGCUGUGCCAGACGAGCAACGUGCGCACCUUUCUCUAUCUCCUCAUCACGGCGACGGUAAAGUUGCUGUUGUGUAUGUACACUGUGGGCACAUUCCUCCCCUCCGGCAUUCUCGUCCCAUCGCUUACAAUUGGUGCGUUGUAUGGACGCGCGUUUGGUAUCAUGUGCCGCGCGUUGCAGGAGUCGUACGCGAGCUCGUACCUCUUUGCCGAGUGCUUUGACCAGGAUCUCUGCGUCAUACCCGGCGUGUACGCCAUUGUCGGUGCGGCCGCCAUGCUGACGGGCGUGACGCGCAUGACCAUCUGCCUUGCCAUCAUCAUGUUCGAGCUGACCGGUUCGCUCGACUGCCUCGUGCCGGUGAUUCUCGGCAUUCUGUGCUCCAAGGCCGCGGCGGAGGGAGUUGGUGUGGAGGGCACGUACGAAAUCGGCAUUGCGGAGAACAACCUGCCCUUCCUCGACCCCAAGAGUGAGUGCUACAUCGACGCCGUCGCGGAAGACGUGUACGCGCAGCGGACGUUCACGGUGUUGACCGCGUACGGCUUCACAGUGGGCCAGCUGAACCAGCUGCUGCAGAAGAUGGAGGUGUCGGGCUUCCCGGUGGUGAACUCGCUCACCGACAUGACGCUGAUCGGGUAUGCGCCGACCAAGAAGAUCGUGCGCGCGAUACAAGUGGCGGCGGCGAAGGACAGUCGCGUCAACUUUGACACCGCCGUCCGCUUCGCCGCAGCGCCGUCGGCGGAGCUGCCAGACGGGCAGCUGGAGAUCGACGCGACGAGCGUUGUGGAGAGCCCGCUGCUGCAGGUAGAGCCGGCGUGCCCCGUCUCGCGCAUGCUGUACCUCUUCAAGUCGCUGGGCGUGCGCCACAUCAUGGUGUGCCACCACUCCAAGUUCGAGGGCUUCAUCAGCAAGAAGGACUUCAUCAAAUUCCUGCGCGACGCGGAGCGGGACGAACACAUGGGGGACGCCGAGUUGAAGCGGGAGCGGCGACGGCAGCAGCAGCAGGAGCGGAGGUCGUGA